AUGACAUAGAACCAAAUAGUAGGAGCUAUAAAAAUAAAAGAUGGAUUGUUUAUUGGAGAUGAAUAUGCAUCUUAGGUUUGGUAUUUGAUUCAAUAAAGGAUCGAGAAUUCAUUAUGACAAAUAAAGUCACUCAUAUAAUAAAUUGUGCUGGAACGGAAGUACAAAAUAAAUGGACAUUAAUGGGUGCUAAGUAUUUAACAUUUAAUUGGUUGGAGUAAGAUAAUGAAGUAUACAUUAAACAUAAUAUAUCUAGGUGUUAUUUGAUGAAAGAAGUGAAAAUGUUAAUAAAAUAUUUACAUUCAUAGAAGAAUGCUUUCAAUAGGGAGAGAGUUGUUUAGUCCAUUCAGUUAGAGGACAAAGUAGAGCUUGUUGUGUACUUGCUGCAUAUUUUAUGAAAAAGUUCGUUAAAAUAUUUAAAUUUAAUAGAUAUUCAUGGACACUGUAUAAAACUCUUGAAUAUUUAAAUUCAAGAAGGCCUGAUCUUGAAAUCAGAGCAUCAUUCUUUUAUUAAUUGAAUGCAUUGGAAAAUAGAAUGACCAAAUAAGGACCAAAAAGAACAGCCUCAUGGAAUGAGUUAACUUCUGAUGAUUAGAACCCUUCCUAAGUGUAGGAUGAAUUAAUCAUAAGAAAUACAUUCCUAAAUUCCCAUAAUGGACCUGUAGAUGAAAUAUAUACAAAUUUAUAAGCAAAAUAAGUAAGAAUUCAUUAAAUUUUGUAAGGGAGUGUUAGGAAAAGUUACAAAUCCUAAAUUGAAAUGGAAAGAUUAAACAAACAAAGACAACAUUUCUUUAGCUACAAUUGUAUACUCUGGUUCUCCUGAUUUUGUUCCUGUUUCUGAAAUUAAUUUAAAAUCUGAUCCAACAACGCCAUCAAUUUUAAAAGUAAAUUGUAAUCUUUAAUUAGGGAGCUUAAAAGAGUUAAUCUCUUGUCUAACCUCCUAAACAACCUUAAAUUCAAUCAAAUUUUCCUAAGAGUUCUUAAAAUGCACCUUAAGUAAGAUCAGUUAGCAGUAAAUCUUAACAGUAAGAUUAAAGUGACCUUUAAUUGAAUUCAAAUAUAACUUCAGCAAAUUUAACAAAUAAUCCUUCAUUUUAAAAUUUAUUAAUGCAUUGUGCAAUGAAAACUAGAACACCAUAAUAAUAAUAAGAAUAGGCUGUUAAGAAAAAUAAUUUAAUUAAUAAUUUAAUUAAACCUCAAAAUGAAAAUCAAAAUAAUUAAUCAAUUUCCUAAAUUGCAACUAACUUGUUAUAAUUAUAGGUUUAAGCUAAUCCAUCAACUGGAAUUAGAAGCAAUUCUUUGUAAUAGAAUGAUGAUAAAAAAAACUAAACAGAGUCAAAUAAUAAUAAUCGUCCAAGCUCAGUUAAAUAAAAGGAUAAUCAACCAUCUAUUUUAACAAAUUUUUAAGAAUUUAAAAAUUAAGUUUAACAAUCACUUAAUUAUUUUAAUAAAUAAUAAGAAAUAAUUUCAAAUAUGGAUAAAUAAUCAUUAUAAUCUUAAACAACAUAGUUGACAACAUAAUCUAAUAUAACAUAAUAAUAAUAAUAAUAAUAAUAAUAAUAAUAAUAAUAAUAAUAAUAAUAAUAAUAAUAACUAUUUGUUUAAUAAAAUAUUGCCUAACAAAAAAGUAAAUUAGAAUAAUUAAUUAGUCCAACUUUAAUUUAGUAAAUGAAUUCUACAAAACAUUCUGAAAUAUAAAAAACUCUCACCUAAUCAAUAUCAUAAUUAUAAUCUAGUUAUCAAAAAUUUUAAUAAUUGUAAUAAAAAAAUUAAUUAAAAUAAUCAUAAUCUUAAUCAUGUAUUUAAAAAUAAAAUGCAUAAGUUAAUGAGGUUUCUGUUAAUGCUAAUCCUUCUAGUUUGAAUUUAGUUAAAGUUUAAGAAAGGAGCACAUCUUUAACUAAAAAUACUGAUAAUGUUGAUGUAAAAAAUAGGCCUAAUAGUGCUGAAGUUAAAGAAGGAUCUAAAGGAAUUAAUUAAACAAAAAAGGAUAGUUUAUCACCAUUUUAAAAAGAUGCAGUUAAAAAAGUUACACAAUAAGGCCCUCCUUUGCCUUAAUCAAGUUCAUAGAUUUAUUUAAGAAAUGUUUAAUGUAGAAGAUAGGCUGCAUCAACUUUACGAAAUCAAUAGAAGCCCAAUAAUUCAUUUUAGGAUAAAUAUUUAAAUUAAAGUGCCAAUUAAGUUUAAAAUAAUAGUAGUUUUAAUAACAAUAGUAAUUCUGCUAUUGAUGCUGAAUAAAAAUAAUCAACCAAAGGAGUAGUUACAGAUUUGAAUCAAUUUAAAAAACUCAUAUCCCCUUAAAAUUUAACAAAAAGUCAAGCUUAGUUUGUUAAAAAUUAACCAAUAAGAGUUUUAUAAGAAUUGACUGAAAAAACAUAGUCAUAAAAAUAAGUGUAUGUUUAUAUUUUUAAUUAUUAGAAAAGCUAAAGACAAUGUAUCAUCAACAAGUUUUACUUUGGUCUAGAAACCAUCUACUGUAAAUACAAGAACUUUUUCCCCUGCCAUUAAAGGUAAGAUUCUUACUAUUUUAUUUAGGUGAAACAAAAAAUAAACCAAAUAAUUCUACAAAUGUAAGAUAAAAAUUUAGGAAUUCAUCUCCUGGAAUAUCAAAAGAUUAAGAUUCCUCUAAUUCAUUAUAAAAUGUAUCAACAACUUUUUAAGGCAAAAAUAGUUGGAAAAUGCUUUGA